GGGAUUGUGGGAGUCCGGGAAGGGGCCGCCGGGGGAAGAAGAUGGCGGCGCAGGGAAAAGCCCGGGUGGGCAGUGGCGGUGGCGAGGAGGAACGGGCGUCUGGGCAUUCGGAGUCGGAGCUGCUGCUGCUGCACCCGGAGCUGCUCUCGGAGGAAUUCCUGCGGCUCACCCUGGAGCAGAAAAAUAUAUUAGUUGAAAAUGAUGUAAAGAUGGACAAAGAUGGGCUCACUGAUCUCUAUAUUCAACAUGCCAUUCCCCUGCCUCAGCGUGACUUGCCGAAAAGUAGAUGGGGGAAAAUGAUGGAAAAGAAAAGACAGCAAAAUGACCUGAAAAGUGAGAAUAAAAGUGUUACACCAGUGGAAGGUUUAAGGAAACGGCCAUUAAUUGUGUUUGAUGGCAAUUCAACAAGUACCAGCAUAAAGGUGAAGAAAACGGAGAACGGACCUGCCGACCGCCUGAAGCCUCCUCCGGCUGGGAGCACCACCAACACAGUCAGAAGAUUAUCAGCACCUUCCAAUGCCUCAACAUACAUUUCAGCUUCCAGUUUGUCAGAGGACCCUAAACUGGGAAUAAGGAAUAGUGAGGCUCAGCAGAACAGUAUUUCAAAGACUGACAGCAGUGUGUUGACUGGUCUGAAGGUUUACCCUUUGUCUCCAAUAGCAGGAACUACCGUUGUGAAGUUAAAGAGGUCUGUUCCAAAAGAGGAAUCUGAUUUGCCGAAUGAUCUAAAGCCUUCGGAAGCAAAGAAGAAAAUCCAGCAUGUUACAUGGCCAUGAAGUAGCUAAUGGUGCUUGAAACACAAAUAUUGCUUCCAUAUUUUCAAAUACAUAGGUCAUAUUUAAACAGUUUAAAUAAAAUUAUUUUAAGAUUUACAGACUUACUGAGAUUCAGAUUGCUGUGAAGUUUUAACACAUUUAACAGCUCCCUGUUGUAAAGCUGGAAUCACUAUCACCAGUCACCUUAAAAGUAUCCACUCUUGUACACCAAGUAGUUAAUUCCUUCUUUAAAAGGUGGUGAUAAUACACUAUACUAAACCCCCCACUCUUAGCUUUCAAGAUUAUUAUAGUUCAUCUCCUCCAUGCCACUGUGAUUCACACAUUGUUUCACUAAGAUUCAGUUUUAUUCCACAACUGGUUAAAUAAUUAAAAUAACUUGAAAUUUAGAGUGAUCCCUAGAGCCUUCUUGGUUUUAAAAAGGUAAUUAAUUUAGGUGAGAAAACUGACCAUUCUGCUGAUAAGAUAGUCUACAGAAGUUUUUUUUUCCUUUUUGUUGCACAGGAGUGUAGAAUUUGCAGUGCAAGUUAGGUUGGUAAUAAGAGAUGAACUAUUUUAACAGCGUUACUUCAAAUUGAAGUUUCUCUUGAUAUACGAAACAAGGAAUGCACAGAUGGAAAUAUGUGACUAGACUGUUUGAUAUGAAACUUCGAGAGGAAGUAGUGAAUGGAUUAGUGCCAUGUUCUCUUAAGCACACAGGCAUAUUUUAUACAUGCAUAAGUGUAAAAAUGUGCCAGUGUAGCAAAUUUGAUUGUUUUCCUGGUUACAAUCAUGCUUGUAUAGUAUUGGGAAAACCAGUGGAAUGCAGACCAGUGCUUUCUCAGCUUACAGACAGUUGAAGAGGUACAUGGAUAGGAAGACUGAAGUACUUUGAGAGCAUUAACACAUGUAAUGUCAAUCUAGAAAGAAACCCACAAACCUGUUUUCCCUUCCUUUGAUAAUUUAAGAUGGAUUUUCAUUUUCUGUGAAAUUUGGUAUUUCAUCUGGAUUAUUAGUAGUGCCUCACAGGACAAAAAUCCAAUUAAGUUGAUGGAAAUAUUUUUAUUAAAACUCACUGGCUCAGGGUGAAGCCAGUUUAGAUCAGUUUUAGGUAUGGAUGGUAAAUAAGAAUAAUAACAGUGCUCCCAGACUUGGUAAAACAAGAAAAGAAUCAACUUCUGAAUCCACUUAGUUAACCCACUAAAAGAAGCUUGGUAGCGAUCUGAAAGCUUGUUUACAUUUUUAAUACUGGUUUAUAUCGAAACCAAAAACUGUAGCUUGGUUCUUUACUUUACAGAAGUUCUCCAUUCACUGUUAUGAUGUAAAAGGCACUCCUCAAAUGCUGUAAAAUGGUAAGAAUGUGUGUUUUUAAAUGGUGUGCUGUUUCCCUUUUACUAAACACUUGUGCAGUUUUUGUACUUGAGUACAGCAAACUUUAACAUAAUGUACAUUUUGUAUGUAAGGACUUGUCUUUCAAGUAGCCUUAUCCUAUUUAAAUAAAUUAAAAGCAAGUGAAACAGU